ACCGCCUGUCGAAAAGUGACAUGCUGGCUAGGCUACGGGAGCGAGGUACUGAGAUACCAUCCAGCGCCACAAUUUCGCAAAUACGGGAAAUGUAUGAUCGAUUAACUGAUGCACUUGAAGUUUUAAAUGACGCACAUGAGGUACUGACUACUGAUGCCCACGCUUGGAAGGAAGAUAUGGCUUCCGUCCCACACACUGCCGCAACAAAUGCUACAGGUGCAGCCAUGGAAGAUGUGUCAUUGGCUGCUGUAGGGGAGAGCGGUCAAAACACAAAGAACGAACCUAUUUGCGCCUCCGACAGAAGUCAACCAGGUGCACCGAUUUAUGAAGCAACAUUAGGUGUAUUUUCAGAUCCACAUAUCACCAGUGCUGUACCAAAUACUUUCGUUUCGCGUCCAUGCAUUCCGUCGAAUGUUCAUUUUAUGCCUACUGUCGCUAACCAACAACACGGUGAUUCUGUCAAAGCACAAAUUGAAAAAUUCCAACGGGAACGUUAUUUGCUACUGCUGCAACAACAAGUGGAUGAAUUACGGCAAAUAAGCCGACCGCCAACAUGGAACAUCCGAAUGGGCAUUAGUGUAAUUGAGUCAAUGGAGCAAAAAUUUACCGCUGAUGAUGCUUAUAAUGUGCACAAGUGGAUCGAAGAUUUGGAAGACGCCUUCGAGAUCUUGCAGUUUGAUGAACGAGCUCGAUUCGUGGGAAUGCGUCAAUUACAGAGUGGAACUGCAAAAGUAUUCAUACGAACGAUAUCCAUGCAUACUUAUGACGCCUUACGCGAAGAGUUGCUCACGGAGUUUCGUCGCAGGUAUUCAACUGAUGAAGUGUACAGGCAAUUGCGGUCUCGACGCCUGAAGCCAAAUGAAACUAUCCACCGUUACGUUAUCGGGAUGCAGGAAAUCACUGAUCGUGCCAGAGUUCCCGAAAGUGAAUUGAUCGAUAUUAUCAUCGGUGGAAUUGGGGUACAUCAAAGGCUGCCGCAACAUUACGCGCAUUAAAAGACUCAAUCGUGCGAUACGAAUGAUUGCGAUCAAAGCCAAGCAUUGUUAUGCCAGUUCGUCGUGUUAUUCCAUUUGUGCCAAACACUGCUGUCGAGCCAAAUGCAUCAUCGGUUACACGUUCCACUGCUGCCCUCCUAAAUGUUUUGUACGCCGCUCAAAUGUAUCAAAGUUGGAAGUGCAACCAUUAUUCAAAACGGAGUAUAAGGGCUUGGGAAAUGUUUCACUGAUGUCC